CCAGGGCGCCUGCUCGGUUUCGGACGGUACCGAGCGCCUCCGGCUGCUGGUCAGCCCGGGUGGAACAGGCGGCGGCCGCUCCACGGGGCACCACUCUGUCCCGGACGAGCGCUGCGACACCAUGCGACCAUCCGCGCUGCAGCUGACGCUUUGUCUGUUGGCCGUCGCUCUUGGAGGUGACGUGCCGCAGGAUCCGAGCGGCCGACGCGACGGAUUGUUCGGAUGGCCGUUGCUGAAGAUUACAAAAACCACGACGAAAACACACACCAGCGUCAUCAUCGCGCCUAAUCGAUGUCUGCAGCUUUUAGGUACAUUAACCGUGUGUGGAGGAGGACGGAGAAGGAGGUCUCACGCCGUUAUUCCAAAGGUGGAACCGGUGGACAUUUCUCAGCAGAUGGAUCUCGUGACGAUUGAUAGCUCAAUGAGGCAGCAGGAUUUCGUGACAACACUGGAUAGUUCCAUGAGGCUGCACGAAGACACCGGCCCGCUUAUUGAUGACCAGCAAACACUUGCAGAAGCCGGUGGAAACGACCCUCGUUUUCUCAUCUACUCGCGAACAAUUCACACGACGAUUUUGAGUACUUCAACAAACGCCAACCUCAUCGAAACAUUGAGUGUGGCCUGCCUCCCGUUAGGCCUCGGGGAGGCGUUUCCGAUGUGCUAAGAUAAGCUCACAUGACGAAAUUCGUUGGCAGCAACAUUGUGGUUGAAAAGCGUCGACAGGCUAGUGUUAAAUUGACAUGGCGCCCCGGGGCUUUGGCACAAGGAAGCAUUUCCGAAAGAAAGUUCAUGGUCUGGGACGUCAGCAUUAAUAUUCACCGAGCAUGCAUUGGCAUCAUUCUUUGCAUGCUACGUGUGGCCACAUGUUAUCAUAAGGAGCAUUGCUGUUUGUGUUGGUAGCGCUCCCUCGAGAACCUGUUAACCCCCCCCCCCCCGUGUUCACAUGCGUGGUUCUCAACAAUGCUAGUUGAGCUAAUAGCUUUCAAUGGUUUCUGUAGCUGCCAUACACCGCUGUCGCAAUAUCACAGCACGUUGAAUGCAUUAUGGAAAAUGCAUUGGACUUGAUGUAAAUAUAUAUAUAUAUAUAUAUAUAUAUAUAUAUAUAUAUAUUGAUUCCGUCGAAUGUUUGGUGUAAUUCCACAAAGGCUUGCACAGGAAGUGGCUGCAUGGGACUAGCAGACUUGUUUGAACGCGUAGUAUCUGUUACUGUUGCUGUAUUGGGUGACGGGAGCGCUGUGGUUGUAUGCCCGCCAUCGCCUUCUGACGCGCUGAAAUAAACGUAGAAAACCGCAACUGA